AGUCUGAUUUUGUAGCAGGCGAAAUGUUUUUCACCUUGAGCGGUCCGCCGCUGCGUACAUACGUCAACUCCGAAUAAUGACAACAUCAGCAUAUGUGUAUACAUGUAAACUUCGACUCUAACCUCACUCGUAUAGUUUAGUCAAAAUUUUGUUAUCUUUAAUCAAGCAUCAGUGAAACAAAUGAAAAAUCAGCAAAAAAAUUAUUUGCCUAUUUAGAAAAAAUCAUCAAUCGUCAGAGAGAGCUGUCAACUUUAAAAAUGAAGGAUAUCUUUUUGGGUGCUCUUCUUCUGCUCGUAGCGAAUGUCGUACGUUCGGAGUACACUGCGGAAGAUUGCAAAAGUCUUGGAUUCAACAAAGCAGUGCUAUUAUGCUCGACGUGUGACAAAUUUGACAAGUUCGAGCUUCAAGAGAUUUCGAGCCAAUGUAAAGAAUGCUGCUUGAAAGAUGAAGAUGACAGUUCGACCUCUAAGAGAUAUCCAAAAGCUGUGUUGGAAGUGUGCACUUGUAAAUUUGGAGCUUAUCCACAAAUUCAAGCUUUUAUCAAGAGUGACAAACCUAACAAGUAUAAAAAUCUGCAAAUUCGAUAUGUGAGAGGUUUAGAUCCAAUUAUUAAACUUUAUGACAGUGAAAAUAAGUUAGAAGACGUUCUGGACAUUCAUAAAUGGGACACAGACUCUGUGGAUGAGUUCCUGUCAACCCAUUUAAUAAUGGAUUAGAAAAUAUGUCAUUGUUUUGUUUCAACGUGAUCAGAGUGAUAUUUUCUAAGAAACUGUACACUAGAAAGAUAAACUAAAAAAUUCAAGUGAAAAAUUUAUAACUUAAUAAAAAUA